AUAAUCAAAUUGAAAUACAAGUUUGAAGUAUGUGCCAGUGUUACAGAAACAGUUUUUUCAGCCUAUAUAACGAGCCAUUAAAAAAAAACAAAAAAAACAACGGACGCUUAUCUGUAAUUACAAACAGAUUACUUACAUCAAUACGCAAUUAUUUUUUUUACAAUUUUCUGCCAAGACAUCUGUUCUGUAGUUAUUGGAAAUUAAUCUGCUUUUAUUAAUAAUACAUUCAUAUAGUCCUCUGAUUAGCCAAUGGUUGCUUUUAAUGUCUUUUACUAGGGGCUGUGUUUAAUACAAUUUAAUAAAGGGGACCUGGACCGAUCGUAGCUUGUUCGCUUCAUAUUUAUCGAAUUGCUGGUACUAAUAAUUGCUGCAUUUGUAUUAAUUAAUUUAUGAGGCAUAAAUAAAUAUAAAUGCAAACAACCAACCCCAUAUAAUAAAAUGCAUCAAAUACUAGGAUAAUAAUAAUAAAACAAUACAAAAUUAAUGCAUUAAUAAUAACCUAUUAUAAUACAACCAGGAAAACACGGUCACCAGAUUACACUCACUGCGUCUCACUCUGGACAGGCUAUACAAACCUUUAGUUUAAAUUGAAAAAGCCCAGUUUAUUUUUUUUAAAUGCAUUAUCGAUUUGUUUUUCAGUCCGGCGAGUAUAAGAGCCUCCCUCUGCUCUGUACAGGCCGUCUAUAAGAGCCUGCCCUGGACUGGAGGGUUUUAUCAAAGAAGAAAAAAAAAAGUUAUUCACUUUACAGCAACCAGCACAGAGCAGAGGGAUGCACUUGUAUUCUCUGUAACAGAAGAAAAACAGAAUGACCCAAAUAGCUGUUUUAAUAUUUUCACUGCACUGGUGCAAGUUAAAACGAUUGAUAAAACUGCUUUAUACUUUACCAUGUUUUUUCUCAUCAUGAUUACAAUAUGAUUUCACUGUAUUAUUUUACUGUGGAUAAACUUGGCUGAUCUUUACAAUGCUAAACCGCUGUUAGAAUAUUCUAUAGCAAUCCCAAGUAUAGAGAACUCAGGAGAGCACCGUGCUGUACUGUGCAUGUGAAGAUGAAGCUGGUGUAAAAUACAGUGAAUAUAUUUUUCAUUCUGUUUCAGAUUCAUUGAAGAGGCAUUGAAAAAAAAAACAGAAGGGAUAAUAAAUAUUCCACAAUUGAAAAUAUAUAUAUAUAUAUAAAUUUAGAUAUUGCUCUUUUGAGCAAAAGCUUCUAUAUAUAUAAAUAUAAAUAUAAAUAUUUUUUUCCCGGGCUGGAAGAUUGCUUGAAUCCCAGUGUUUGAAUGCAUUUGUCAUUGGAUUCCAUGAGUAUGGUGGAUGACAGCUGUCUCUCGCCCGGGAACUUUCACGAGAUGGUGAAGGCUGGAGGGGCGGCGGUGGGGGGACGCGUCCACAGUAUUGACGUCAUCCUGGGCUUCAGCAAGGACCAGGACCCCCUCCUGAACCCUGGAGGCCCAGGGACCCACAAAUCUGGCAUGGAAAGUCUGGGCGACCCGGGGAAACCAGACCCCACCAACCCCUACGGACACCUCUCCUCCCUCAGGGACCACUCUGAUCAUGCAGCCUUCCAUGACUCUGGCCUCUUCUCCAAUAAGUGCGAGGGGGAGCUGAGCGAGCUGCGGAAGGGCAUGGAGAGUGACGGGAAGUCUCCCGAGCCGCUGGAGGAGGAGGAGCAGCCCAAGAAGAAGCACCGACGCAACCGCACCACCUUCACCACGUACCAGCUGCACGAGCUGGAGCGCGCCUUCGAGAAGUCACACUACCCCGACGUGUACAGCCGAGAGGAGCUCGCUGCCAAGGUCAGCCUGCCCGAGGUCCGCGUCCAGGUGUGGUUCCAGAAUCGCCGUGCCAAGUGGCGUCGGCAGGAGAAGAUGGACGCCAGCACCAUGAAGCUGCACGACUCGCCCAUGCUGUCCUUCAACCGCCCGCCCAUGUCCGCCAACAUGGGCCCCAUGAGCAACUCCCUGCCCCUGGACCCCUGGCUCACCUCACCCCUGUCCAGCGCCACCCCAGUGCACAGCAUCCCUGGGUUCAUGGGCCCCCCGCAGGGCAUGCAGCCGGGGUACCCCAGCCACUCCUACCUCAACCCCCCCCCAGCCAUGGCGCAGGGCAUGCAGCACAUGGCACCCCCGCCCUACCAGUGCGCGACCACCUUCGUGGACAAGUAUCCGCUGGAGGACGUGGACCAGCGCAGCUCCAGUAUCGCUGCCCUGCGGAUGAAAGCCAAGGAACACAUUCAGUCCAUGGACAAAACCUGGCUGCCCAUCUGACUGACCGGACAGAAGGAUUAAAACAGACAAAACUGUUUUAAAAUACAAAUAAUACAAAUAAUAAUAAUAACAAUACAAUUAUUAUUAUUUUUAUUAUAAAAAAAAAUCAAAUGACGUUGAAAUAAAAAUGUUAAGAAAUUUAUAAGAGAAAAAGACUUGCUAUCCCCCCUCCUCCCCCUCUGGAAUCAUCUACCAAUGUAAGAAAAGUUACACGCAAGAGACAGCCGUUCAGUCAAUCCUCCACAUUAGGGCAGCUGUGCUCUGGCAUUAGACGCCAUCUCUUUCAAACCUAAAUGCCUAAGGAAUUGUAUUUUGAUGCUGUUUGGAUGUUUGAAGCCAGCUCCCGGAGAGACGACUGUGUUAAAAAUGUUCUGAGGUUAAGGGGUUAGACUUAAAAAGCUGAAAGCGAUGUAUAUAAAGGACGUGGAUUCCUGUGAAUUAACUGGACUUCUGAAUCAAUGCAAUCAUCUGAUUUCAGCUCAGCUCUGCUAUGAAUGUACAUGCAAAUGAUAUUGUCUCAAAAAAAAAAAAAAGAAGCUGGUGGUUUGUGAACAAUCCAUUUGAUACAUGGGGGGGGGGGGGAGUCGGGAAGGUUUUUAGUAAAGUCACCCAGAUUUACCCCUCUACACUGAGAAAUAGAUCGGUCCCCACUCCCUAAGAGCUAUAAAGAACAGGGGGGUGAGGAAAAGCACCCACCAGCAGUUUGCUCAUUGCCCUUUUAAAUUCUGAAUUUAUGCACUUGUGUUCUCAGACAUUGUUAGAUUGUAUCUUUACUCUUAAAAGGGGCUCAUUAAAAGGCUAUGAUUUGCCAUUAGGAUUAGAUCUAACAGCUAUACCUUUUGCUGUAGCGAAUGUUUAUGGCUUCUGUCUUAAGUGCAGCUAAGGGUUGGGCAAACCUACCCAAGGGUAAAUUAAACUUUGAUUUCUAUGGACAGCUGGACAAGAAUCUAGACAGGGCAGAGUGGGUAAGAUGUGAGCUGUUUGGUUAUUUUUUUAUUUCUGUGGUGUUUCAAUGUAACAGAAGGAACUCUUAACUUUGUAACUGUUAAUUAGAGGUUUACAAGAAUUGUACCUCGCACCCUUAUAUUAAAAAGAGCUUAGUUUCAUUCUACGACUAGGAAAGGAAAAUAGAUUAGUGGGAGAAGUUUGUCGGGAUAUUGUUGUUCCAGGGAUAUAGUUCAAGUGUAGACUAGAAUUAAGAGUGAUCAUCAUUCGCUCCCCAUGCUCCCCAUUACUCCUGUCCGUCCACAAUAUGUUUGUUAAUAAAUCUGAACACCUGUAAAAUGUAUUCUGUAUAUAUAUUUUAACAAUAGGCACCCCUAUGGAGGUGUCACUCUGUUUUGACAUCUCAUUUUGAAUUCCUGAUGCCUCUUUUUCACUGCGGGCUCCGGGCAGUGGAAAGGGUAUAAUUCAAGAAUCCCAUUCAGAUACCCUGACCCAAGAGAUAGCUUAGAGCCAUAAGCCAGGUCAAGCCAGGUCACAGAGUGACCAGCAAAGGGUCCAAUGUGGAUCUGGACUGAUACCUUCAUCCUGAUACUGUAACACACUGUCCUGUUAAAUACAUAGUCAGCGUACAAUAUAACUGCAUGCGUUGAUUACCAGCAAGUGUCAUUAACCUGCGGUUCUUAUACAUUGGAUAGGCUGUGUCAAUCCUGUGGAAACACAGCACUACAACCAAUGCUAUCUUCCAGUCCAGGCAGCUUGCAAACUAAUUCAUCCAGACGUUAACGGCUAGUUUUCUGAUCUGGACCCCAUUGAAGCGUGCAGAUGUUUUUUUUUUCAUUCCAGUUCUAAAGAAUACUAUUCUUUCUUGCGGGGGUGUUGGUUAGUUUUAUACCAUUCCUGAUGAUAUUGUAAUACAGUGUGUGUUGGACAAAACAGUCAAUGGUAAUAUGCGAGGAAAUGACAGCCUUGACCGGGUCUAACAGCAUAGUUAAGAUACAGAGAAGAGCAUCGAACAGACUGGACCAAUGCUAAGCCAAAGGAUCAUGUGAUUAAGAAAAACAAAAAGUACAUUACAGUGGAGAUCUGGAAAGGGAGUCGUUAUUUUUCCCGAGUUUGUGUGCAGAUACGAUUGUAUUUCUGUGUUCUGUUUUUUUUUUGCUUUAUCUGCUGUAGUUCUAGAAUUGUGUUCUACUGAGAUGUUGUCUUCCACGUUCUGGAAAAGGAUGGGAACAUUCCAAAAUAAAACAAACAAACAGUCUAGUUUAACAGAUCUCUGAUCUUAAUGUC